AUGCCAAUUCUAGACGAAACUAGCAUAGUUUUGAGUGAAAACAUGUUGAUAGCUGAAGAGUUGGCGUAUGACAAAGAAUUGUUGAAGGCAAAGCAUGAAACAUUGGUAACACAAUUGACCGAUGAGCAAAAGAAUGUUUACGACUCUGUGAUGAAUGAUAUUGCUUCCAAUGGAGGUGGAUUGUUCUUUGUGUAUGGUUACGGAAGAACAUGCAAGACGUUUGUGUGGAGAACGUUAUCAUCAAAGAUAAGGAGUCACGGUGAUAUUGUUCUGAAUGUUGCUUCCAGGGGAAUGACAUCUUUGCUCUUGCCGGAAGGCAUGAUGACGCAUUCCAAAUUUGCUAUACCACUCUCCUUGAAUAAAGAUUCCAUCCCACGUGCAAUAUAUUGCAAGGCAGUGACCUUGCUAACCUUAUAA